AAUGUCCUUUGCAGCAGCCCAUUGGCGUCACCAAAACAUCCCCUAAAAAACAUCCCGUAAAGCCGCGAAUAGAGAAACGAGCUGCUGGAGAUGUAAACAGAUUCCGCUGUCAUUCAUUCAAACAACGCGAGAUGAUAUGGUGGAUAUUCUUAGCUGUGUGGGAAAUGUUAUGAGAGGAUACAUCACCGCUAGUCAUACUCUGUCUUUCUAGAAUGGUCGUUGUUUACGGUCUCAGUUUUUCACAUGCCAGUAAUCCGGUUAGAAGAGAUGUAUUGUUAUAGCUGUCCACGGCUGCUAGACAGCUAGCCUAGCUCGUUGCGCCGUAGGAGAGCGGCCGACCUUGACCAGAUGGAUAUCACGAGGCUCGCUGUGGAUGCGGGCGCGUUUAUCAACCGAGCAGUUCAGUAUACGGAGGAAGCUCUGGGGCAGGCUGAGAAGACAGAGUUGGACAGCCGGUUGGAGAGUCUUCUGGACAGAGCAGAGUCCACUAAGACCUGGACUGACAAAAUCAUCUCACAGACUGAGAAUUUACUGCAGCCUAACCCUGGAGCUCGUUUAGAGGACUUGUUGUAUAAGGGUCUGGAUUGGAGCGCCCCUGAGAGGCCAACCCCCCACGAGCUGCUGAGUGAAAACAUGAUGGACGCUGCUCUGGAACUGGGGAGACACACACGCGCUACGUUACUACGACCAUCCCAGCGACACCGACUCACCCAUACUUGGCUGGAUGACAGUUGCUAUCCAUUGGACCUACUCGGACUUAACGAAGGGUCAGUGGUUGCUUGA